GCCUUUGGCGGCUCUGGCGGCAGCGGCCGGAGGGGGUGUCUGUGCUCUUAUUCUGUGUGGCAGCUCAGAAUGAUGGAUCAAGCCAGAUCAGCAUUCUCUACCUUGUUUGGUGGAGAACCAUUGUCCUAUACCCGGUUUAGUCUGGCACGGCAAGUAGAUGGUGAUAACAGUCAUGUGGAGAUGAAACUAGCUGCAGAUGAAGAAGAAAAUGUUGACAAUAACGUGAGGGGUAAUCAUGCCAGUGUCACAAAACCAAAAAGGCUUAAUGGAUUUAUGUGCUAUGGGACUAUUGCUGUAGUCCUCUUUUUCUUGAUUGGAUUUAUGAUUGGUUACUUGGGCUAUUGUAAACGUGUAGAACCAAAAGCUGAAUGUGAGAGACCAUCAGGAACGGAGUCUCUGGGGAUAGAGGGAACAGAACCUUCAGAAACAGAAGAGUACUUCCCUGAAACACCUUCUCGCUUAUUUUGGGCGGACCUCAAAACAAUGUUGUCAAAGAGACUGAGUAACACAAACUUCCUCACCACCAUCAGGCUGCUGAAUGAAAAUUCGUAUGUCCCUCGUGAGGCAGGAUCUCAAAAAGACGAAAGCCUUGCUUUUUUCAUUGAGAAUCAGUUCCGUGCAUUUCUGCUUAGCAAAGUCUGGCGUGAUGAACAUUUUAUUAAGAUUCAGGUCAAAAGCAGUGCUCAAAACUCGGUGACCAUAGUGGGCACGGACAGUGGCGUGGUAUACCUGGUGGAGAGUCCUGAGGGUUACGUGGCAUACAGUAAGGCAGCGACAGUUACUGGUAGACUGGUCCAUGCUAAUUUUGGCACCAAAAAAGACUUUGAGAAUUUAAAUUCUCCUGUGAAUGGAUCUUUAGUGAUCGUUAGAGCAGGGAAAAUCACUUUUGCUGAAAAGGUUGCAAAUGCUCAAAGUUUCAAUGCAAUUGGUGUCUUGAUAUACAUGGAUCAGUCUAGAUUUCCCAUUGUUAAUGCAGAGAUUCCAGUCUUUGGACAUGCUCACCUGGGAACAGGUGACCCGUACACACCUGGAUUCCCUUCUUUCAAUCACACUCAGUUUCCGCCAUCUCAGUCAUCAGGAUUGCCCAGCAUUCCUGUCCAAACAAUUUCCAGAGCUGCUGCAGAAAAGUUGUUUGAAAAUAUGGAAGGAGACUGUCCUUCUGCCUGGGAAAUAGACUCCUCGUGCAGGCUGGAGACUUCCCAGAACAGGAAUGUGAAGCUCACUGUGAACAAUGUGCUGAAAGAGAUAAGAAUUUUUAACGUUUUUGGAGUUAUUAAAGGUUUUGAGGAACCUGAUCGCUAUGUUGUAAUAGGGGCUCAGAGGGAUGCCUGGGGUCCUGGAGCUGCAAAGUCUAGCGUAGGAACAGCUCUCCUAUUGGAACUUGCCCGGAUAUUUUCUGAUAUGGUCUUAAAAGAUGGCUUUAGACCCAGCAGAAGCAUUGUCUUUGCCAGCUGGAGUGCUGGCGACUUUGGAGCAAUUGGUGCCACUGAAUGGCUAGAGGGAUACCUUUCCUCCCUGCAUUUAAAGGCUUUCACGUACAUUAAUCUGGAUAAAGCUAUUCUUGGUACCAACAACUUCAAGGUUUCGGCCAGCCCACUGUUGUAUUCGCUUAUUGAGAAAACGAUGAAAGAUGUGAAACAUCCGGUUACUAAGCAGUCUCUUUAUCGGGACAGCAACUGGAUGAACAAAGUAGAGGAAUUUUCUUGGGAUAAUGCUGCUUUCCCUUUCCUUGCGUAUUCUGGAAUCCCAGCAGUUUCUUUCUGUUUUUGUGAGAAUACAGAUUAUCCUUAUUUGGGUACUACCAUGGAUAUCUAUGAGAAACUGAAACAGAAAAUUCCUCAGUUGAAUGAAAUGGCACUUGGAGCAGCAGAAGUAGCUGGUCAGCUUAUAAUGAAACUUACUUAUGAUCUUGAAUUGAACCUGAACUAUGAGAUGUAUAAUGACAAAAUACUUGCAUUUGUGAAGGAUAUGAACCGAUUCAGAGCAGACAUAAAGGAGAUGGGUCUGAAUCUACAAUGGCUGUAUUCUGCUCGUGGAGACUUUUUCCGAGCCACCUCCAGACUAACAACAGAUUAUAAGAACGCAGAGAGAACAAACAGAUAUAUCAUGAGGGAGAUCAAUGACCGUAUCAUGAAAGUGGAAUAUCACUUCCUCUCACCCUACGUAUCUCCGAGAGAUUCUCCUUUCCGACACAUCUUCUGGGGCUCUGGCUCUCACACUCUGUCAGCUUUACUAGAGCAUUUGAAGCUGCGUCAGAAAAAUAACAGUGCUUUUAAUGAAACACUGCUGAGAAACCAGUUGGCUCUAGCAACUUGGACUAUUCAAGGAGCUGCAAAUGCCCUUUCUGGUGACAUAUGGGACAUUGACAAUGAGCUUUAAAUGUAAUGGUCGUAACUUCUAUAAGAACAUCAGGGUAGUGUGAUUUCUAGACUUGUGCUGGUUGUGCUAAAUUUUUAGUAGGGCUACAAAACCUAAUAUUGUUAAAAUUCUACCCAACCAUCUUGGUACUCCUAGAUAUCUUUAGGCAGCGGCUUUUAAUACAGGGUAGGUACCUGCACUUCAAGUUAAAGUGAAUAACGACUUAAAAAUGUUCAUGAUAGAA